AUGGUUGAAGAAGAUGGUGGAGCAAACAAUACAUUCCCAGAUUGUCUGCCUCAAAUGGACUUGGAUGGAAUCCAAGAGGGAGGCCAAAGAAAAAUCCAGGACCACAAUCAACCCAAUAGGAAGUUGUUGAAGCUGGGAGUCAGAAUGUUGCUGCAACUACUCAGAGGAGAAAGAAACUACCUUUGUCUUCUGAAAGAAGGGUGCAUCUCAUUCCUAGAAAGGAUGCAAGUGGGUCAAGAAGCAAAGCAAGUGGAUCAGGAAGCCAAGGUGGAUCUGAAAGUUAUAAAAGCAUUCAACAAAAAUUAA